AUGUACACAAUUGGAAAGUUCGUCCUUUUUGGCGACUCGAUCACCCAACAUUCCAGCGAUCUUCCCGAAUCCGGAAACGGCUUCGUUCUCGCCCCGGCAUUGCAGAGUCUUUACGCUCGGAAGUUGGAUAUAGUCACUCGUGGCUUUUCAGGCUACAACACAAACCAGACGAAAGUGGUGCUUCGAGAGACACUCAAGGCGGACCACGCCGAAACCGGAGCCAUCAAACUCAUGUCUAUUUUCAUGGGAACCAAUGAUGCUGCGUUCAAUUUCCAGGGUGUGCCCAUCGACGCAUACAAGGCCAACCUUCAGGAAAUGGUCCGUCUUGCCCAACUGUACAAUAUUAAGCUCAUUAUCGUAGGCCCCGCAUUACAUGGCCGUGCUGAAUGCUUGGCUGCGUCCGAGGCCCAGGGUUUGGAGCCCAAUUUCUCCGACACCGUGGCCACCAGGAAGUAUGCGGAUGCGGCCGCCAGUGUGGCUGCAUCCAACGGUGUCCCGUUCGUAGACUUGUGGAACUCGUUCCAGAAAUUUGGCGGCUGGUCUGCUGAAGACUUGCUCCAGGGUAAGGUUGUGUUGAAGGAGCUUCUUCCCGACGGAAUUCAUUUCUCGCCGCAGGCUUAUAGAAUCAUGUAUGAUGAGCUCCUCAAGGUCAUCGCUAAGAAUUAUCCGGAGCUCGUCGCCGAAAAUUUGCCGAUGUAUUUCCCAGCAUACGAUGCCAUGGACAGUGAUAACAUUGAAGAGUCCAUUCUCGAGUAUGCACGCGAGCAUGCUGAUUAA